AUGUCCUCCGACUCGAGCUCCGAAUCUGGAGGAAAAACUGCUGAUAUUUCUCUGAGUGACGUCACUGGUAGAACACCUUCGAAUUUUGAACCUCCUGCAGGCCUUAGAAAGACUUUAUCGUUGCCAAGAAUUGAUGAAAAUAUCGAAAAUCAGCUGCAGAGAAUCCACACACUCCUUGGAGAUAUCCAAACUUCCUCAAAAUUAGAAAUGAUUGAGACGAAGGCGAGAAUCGCCAACCUUGAAAAUGAAAUUAAGAUGCUUUCCGAAGAAAACCAAAACCUGAAAAACCGAAAUGAAACUCUUCAAUUAAACAUCGAUCACGUGGUCGGAGAAAUGGAACGCCAGAAAUUUGAUAGUGAAAAGUUACUUGAGGAGCUCAAAGAGAAAUGGGAAACGUCUAAAAUUCAAGAAGAAAUCGCAAACAUCCAUAGCGCCGCAAAAAAAGCAGAUGGAAAACUGAAAGUUGAUAUUCAAAGACUGAAUUUGGGAAUCGAAAUGGGCCUCAUCGGCGGGUUUCAGAGUUGCAAAUUUUGA